UCCCCGAUAAGACGACAUUCGAAAGACGACUGGGAUCAAAAAUUACAAUUUCCCCUAGAAAUGGCUACCCCCGAUAAGACGACUUUUGAAAUCAUAAACCCAUCUGGUUUCACCACCUUCACUUUCCCAAACCCUUCCGACUCCACCACCUCACACCUCCGCGUCGCCGUUCUCGACUCACCUCUCCAAGUCGCCGCCGACCCACCUCGAGUCGCCACAAUGCUCGUCCCCAAACAUCGCCACUCUGACUGGAUAUUCUCCACCCACUCCGGCCAUCUCCACCUCCUCCUCAGCUCCCCCGGCAUCUCCCGCCUAAUUCUAAUCGGCGACAGCUCUCACCACUCGCCUCCAAUCUACCGCCGUCCGCUCAAAGACGACACUUCUUGUGACGACGAACUCAGGGUGAGCUUGAAACCUCUCUUCCUUGCUUUAUCUCCCAAGUCCUGCUUUGAACACGGCAUUCCUGAGAUACCCAUUUUGAGUUACGAAGAUAAUUUGAUUUCUAGUUUGGUUUUGGAGAAAUGUGUUGGGUCUUUGGUUGGUGAAAUGGUGGUGGAGGAUGUGGAGAUUGACAUUGGUGGUGAGGUUUCAAAGAGGGAGUUCAGGAGGCGUUUGAGGUUCAAAAGAAUGCCCAAUUUGGUUCAGACAGAAAUGCGUAUUGUUCCCAAAAUGGGUUUUGGUUUGGAUUGUGUGGGAAUUGGACAAGUUGAGUUUAGGCUAGAUGAUAGUGUUUUAGUGCACUCUUAUUUGGUUCCUAUGGUGGCAAGUCUUAGCCUGGCUGCUUCUUACAUUCACGGACGGAUUCAAAGUGGGGUAAGGCCAAAAGCUUUGUGUUUAGGAGUUGGGGGUGGAGCUUUGCUUGGUUUCUUGAGAACCCAAUUGGUUUUUCAGGUUGUGGGUGUGGAAGCUGAUGAGGAGGUGCUAAGGGUUUCUAGGCGGUAUUUUGGGCGAGACGAUGGAGAGCAUAUCAAAGUUUGUGUUGGAGAUGCAUUGGAAUUUAUAGAUAAACUUGCUGGUGCUUUUGUGGUAGAGGAUGGUUGUGACGUGGGCAGUGGCAAUGAUGUCGAUACUACAUUUGAUGUGAUUAUGGUUGAUUUGGAUUCAAGUGAUGCUAGGGAUGGUCUAAUUGCUCCGCCAUUGGAGUUUGUUACGAAGCAUGUCCUUUUGUCAGUCAGAUCAAUUCUCUCUGAUAAUGGAAUUGUAGCUAUAAAUGUGAUUCCUCCAAAUACAUCAUUUUACAAGACAUUGAUCCAUGGGUUUCGAGAUGUUUUCAAUGAGUUGUACGAAAUAGACGUGGGAAAUGGAGAAAAUUUUAUUCUUAUUGCUGUGACAUCUCCUCUCAUGCCUUCUAGUCAUUGUGAGAACUGUUUCCUCAACAAACUAGGAAAAGCUAUAUCUGGGGCAUACUUGAAUUCCAUAAAGAAGAUCUAAGCUUUAGUCCUAUCUUUGUUAAAGGGAGUAGCUAUGGGUGUGGGGAAUACAUAAAAGCAUAGAAGGAGCCAUUCUUUGUUAAGUUAUAUGGGUAAGGAAAGGAGGAUGGUUGAACAGCUGAGAUACUUGGAAUAGUUCUACCUUCAGGCCCCAAAAUUUUAAUUAGUCUACUUCUACAUGGAUUGGAGGAGCGAAGAUGAGAGAGUAGAAAAACUCUGUUCAGCAGUAAUUCUUGUUCUCACUUUAACUUUCCCUCCAAGUUUCCAUUUUUAUCCAAAAUACCAUGGAGAUAGAGGAAUUAAAUGGUGGCUACUGUGUUUAGAGUGAAACAUGCCCAAAGAGUUUGCUUGGUAGUAUAAACUGCAAGUGUUCUCCUGAUAAGAAACAGACUUUAGGUAACUGGUUGAUUGGAAUAGGAUGCUGGACAGGUCUUUUGGGGAAAUAGAUGAAUAAGUGAGUGGUGAUAAGCCAGGAAGAUUUGGACAGCAUUGGUGGCUAUGCUAAGUGUGGAGCUGGCCAGAAGAUAAGAGGCUGAUGGAAAAUUGAAUGAAGAGUUCAGUGGUUAUGAGGCUGCAAGAAUGAUUUGGGCUGCAGCAGAGUUACUGACAUUGAAUGUGGAGGCAGUCAUGGAUUCAUAGCAAAGAGUGGGAAUUAGGGAGUAAGGACAAUUUUCAAGGACUGGACUCUUUUUUUUCUCCUGUAAAGGUCACAAGAAAGAUAACUUAGUAAGCUGGGAUUUGGUGGCUAAAUGGAAGGAGAAAGGAGGUGGGAGCAAUUUAAUUGGCUGGUUAAUAAAGCACUUCCUGGGAGAUAUCUGUGGGAGACAUAUUCCUUGUGGCAUUUUGUGAUCAGCAGCAUGGGACGGCUGAGAAUGGAUGGGCUGAGCCACUGUAUAAGACAAUCUCACAUCCUCUUUAGAGUGAUGCAAAUUUGUAUUGGGGAAUGAGGAGGAGAUGAGUUUUGGGGAAGUGGUUGGUGGAGUCGUUUAUGCAGCUGGUGUUUCCCAGAUAUUUGGACGCCUGUUUCGCCUGUGCCUUUUCAAGACAAUGGUUUGGGUGUUAUCUGUACAAUUUUAAUAUUUGAAAUUUUGAAAGAUAUCAUUUUGGUCAGAAUCUCAUUAUAUGACCUUUAAUGUUCUUAAAUUGAAAUUGAUUGUAACUGAAGUUUGAUGAAAUAAAUAUUUUGUUUCUUCU